UGGAUAUAACACUCUGGGAAUGAAUAACCCCAAUGCAAAUCCAUUAUAAAUGGAUUAUUUUGAAGAACAAGACCACAUAGUAGAACACAACAACAGCCAUACAACUAUACAAGUUCCGCAUGGGCUCUUACAGUGCGGGAGUAUUAUACGAAAUAUAAUGAGAUGCCUGCUAUAUUUAUGGGAGAAAAGGCUGGAAGUGACCUUUGAAUUAGAUGACUAAGAUGAGGAAGGAGUCUAUUGUAACUUCAAGGAAGACUGGAAUGGUGAAUCCCAAGAUGGAAAACCCUUUUGUAUCCUUUUGUGGAAACAUAUAAUGCUGGAUAAUUUUUUCUGGUUUUAUUUGAUCUGUAUAUGCUUAAAACUCUUCAAAAAUAAUGCAAAUAGAGUUAUGAUGUCUUCACAAGAGUUGACCUAAUUGUCAUCUAAGGUUGAAGUUCUCUAAAAUUGAGUUCACGUUUACUGAAGAAUUCCAAAUUAAAUUAAACGUUAUUCAUUAUUUUGUCUUUACAUUCAAUUAUUAGAAUAGAUUCAUUAUUGGUUCCAACUCUAUCUUAUAGCCGUUACAUUGUAAGCUCCUAUAUAUUUACAUGCAUGCUACUCACGUAGCAAUAAGAGAGAGUGCUCUGAUACCAUAUUAAUUUGGAAGCAAAGAGACAAAUCUGCACUCUCUCUUAUUGCUACGUGAGUAGCAUGCAUGUAAAUAUAUAGGAGCGUACAAUGUAACGGCUAUAAGAUAGAGUUGGAACCAAUAAUGAAUCUAUUCUAAUAAUUGAAUGUAAAGACAAAAUAAUGAAUAACGUUUAAUUUAAUUUGGAAUUCUUCAUUUACAUUAUUACAUAUUAUAAAAAUAGGAUGAUUUGGUUCAAAUGUUAAACAUUGAACAAUUUAUUUUAAAUAAAAUAUCCUUGAAUGGUAUUUCAACGACAAAAGUAAGAAAUGAGAAAUUUAGGUGACGAUGAUCAUAUUGAGAUAUUUAAGUUGUGGAAUAAUACGACCUCUUAAUAAUCCAUCUUAUUCUAUAAACUAAUCAAUACAUACUUGCAAUUCAUCUAGGAAUGAUACAUAUAUAUUAGGGCACCUUAUUCAUGUUCAAAAAACUAGGAAUUUACAUUUUCAUCAGCGUACUAUAUAUAAUAAUUCAAAAAUAUAAUUAAUCUUAGUGGAUUAGAAUAUAAAAGUUAAUGACAUAUUUUUUUUUGACAGAAAAGUUAAUGACAUAUUAGAAUAUAUUUAUAAUUUAUGUUCGUAUCACAUCCGUAGUAGGGAGUAUAUUCCAAUCAUUUUUAUGUCUAAAGAAUACUCUCACCAUCCCUAAAUGUUCUUCCAAAAUAAAGUGGCACACUGAUUAAGAAAGUGGGAAUUGUGUGGUGGAGAGUUGUGCAGAGGAGAGAGAAAUGCCGUGAACCACAAAUUCUUUGACAAAAAGGAAAAGUGAAGUUCUUUUAGGGACGGAUGGAGUAAUUAAUUUUUGUAAAUAACUAAUAAAUAGUUGAAGCGACGCCGUCGGACAACCUCGCAAAUGCGUCGCCGCCACCGUCGUUGAACCAGAUACUUUUUGAAUCGUUGAAGCGACGGGAGAGGUUGCUGUCCUACACUCCUACAGAGACCGACUGGAAACGUAUGGAGACCCUUGAUGUCUAUUGGGCGUGUUGCAGCGUGUCCCUUACUUCGAGAUUUUAAAGAAGAUGACAGCUGGAAGUAUUUUUGUGAUGGUUAAACUAAAGUGUAAAAAUUGGGCAGGGGCGAAGUACGGAAAACCAAUUGGUUUUUCUACAGAUUUAAUCAUUUCAGUGGUUUGAAAAGUAUGUAUGUACGAGUACUUCAUUCGGCACUUUUGCUUACUCUUCAUAAAACGAAAGGGCAGAAUCAUAAAGUUAAAUUUUAUCUCUACACUUCCUUAAUUCCCGGUCAAAAUUUGCACCUCAAUUCGGGACGGAGGGAGUACGUACUUUGGAAAAACUUGUGCGCAGUGCGCUUCCUCUUCCUCACGGCCUUUGAAUGGAGGCUAAAUGCAUGUAUCCCUCCCAAAUUGGAUCUUUCUUCUGGCCUUGCUACAUCUUUCUUACCCCUUUUGAUUUCACCAAUCAUAAUGUGGUUCACAAUACUAAUUUGGAUGAGAGGAAAGCGCAUAAAAGAACGUUUUUAGUAAGCAAACAAGAAAUGGUGAUGACUUCAAGUGGCCUACAACUUAAGAUCAAGAACAAUCUACCAGGCAUAGAUCAGGACUUCCAAAACCAAAAGCUGCAGCAGAUCUGUUCGGGCGAAGGAACCUGCUAGGCCUAGGUGGAAACCUGUCAAGAGUACUCCAGAGGUUAUGGUCUGCCAUUAACUCAGUGGUCAGCCAAGGAUCUAGAAAUCAUGGAUAGGUGUGACCGGCGUCUUGUUGAGCUAGCACUUGACUACUACCAUAACUCAUGCGAUUCAGAGAUAAACUUCGGGAAAACUUCAGGCCGUCUUCAAGAAUCUUGGGACAAACUUGAGGCGGUCUUACACGUCUUAGCAUACUCUCACUCUGCUGCUGAUGGUAAAUUUCUCUCCUAUCAUCUUGGGGACUAUGGGGAGUAUUAUCUUCCAUCAUCUUUUUAGUGAGGGUAUUGUAAAAACUAGAUUCUCACAUGUGCAAUACCCGAAACAUAAAUAUUCUACAUUUACUAAUAAUGUUAACAAAUCAUAUUAUUUAAUUUUUGGGUAUCACACAUGUGAGAAUAUAGUUUUGACAAAAUCCUCACAAAUUCAUUCAUGUGUAUCCUUUCCCAAAAAAGAGAAAACUUGAUACAAAUAAAUAUCGACUAAUCUGUAAUUCCUAUAGAACAAAUUAGUUAAAUUUGAACUCAUUGCGUAUUUCUCCCUAUGUUUUUCCCUUCCAAAUUGCUAUGGUGUUUGUUUUCCUAAUUUCUUUCCUUGGUAUUUUCUUAGGUGUUAUAAAUACAUACAGAGGUAAUUACAUUUUGUGAAUGUAUCCAAAAAAUUGAUCACCACAUUACCCAACAUUACAAAGAUAGUUUUUUAAUGACGUACCCAGUGUGCGUCAAUGCACCAACGAUUGUAGUCCGCGGUUAAUACGACACCAUAUUCUGAUGUAAUCCAACACAUUUACCAAGUUUGAGCAUGAUCCAGUCUUCAAAGUCACCCACCGCACAAGGAAUUCCACGGAUAAUUGAGGAGGGCAUGGGAUUCCUGUCUGCUGGGCGCGAAUCAUUAACAUACUCUCCAUUGCCUCAAUGGCUGCUAUGCAGUAGCAAGUCAUCCCUAUAGAACACAUUAAAACUCGAUUCUUGAAUAAAAAAACAAAGAACCUAUAAAACAUAUCAAAAUCUCAUUCUUCUUGAAACAAAGAAAACCAAUAGAACAGUUCAAACCCCAUUCAUUCUUGAACAAAAAACAGAGAACCCAUAAAACAGUUCAAAAUCACAUUCUUCUUGAAACAAAAACGAGAACAGAUUAAAACCUCAUUCAUCAAACAAAAAGUAAAGAUAAAAAAGAGCACCUCUAUUUUUUUAUCCCUGAAAGCUGGGAGGAUUUGUGCUACAUAUGCCCUUCUUCUCCAAGUAAAUGUGGGGUGUGUCCCCAUUUGUAGUCUGAGGAGCGAGAAUGGAGUUUGUCUGAAAUAUGAUUCUUGAAGAUGUCGACUUUUUCAGAAGCCGUCUAAACCGAAUAUGAAGCUUGUAAACUUGAAAGGAGCAAGAAUGGAGUUUGUUUGAAAUGUAUUUCUUGAAGACGCCGGCUUUUUCAGAAGUCGUCUAAACGGAAUAUGAAGCUUCUAAACAUGAACAGAGCGAGAGUGGAGACUGUCUGAAACAAAUUUUGUCUGUGAUUUAAUUUUGGGUAGACCGUAGAGAUAGGUUGUAAAAUCAAACUAUUAGAUAGAAGGAUGAGUCUAUGACUACAAAUUCUAUACUGAGUAAUACAUUUCAAUGUCCCAUCUUUCUUGUGUGAUUAGUUCCUAAAAUUUAUUUAAUUAAAGAUAAAUAUACUUUAGUUGAUAUAAUAUGGGACGGUAUAGGUUACCACAACUAAUAAUAUGGCCAUAUGAGACGUUAUACUUGUUACCUAUUAUAUGGGACGUUAUACGUUAUAACAUGUAUAACGUCUCAUAUGACCAUAUUAUUAGUUGUGGUAACCUAUUAUGUCCCAUAUUAUUUCAACUAAAAUAUAUUUAUCUUUAAUUAAAUAAAUUUUAUCAGACAAGAAAGAUGGAACAUUGAAAUGUAUUACUCAGUAUAGAAUUUGUAGUCAUAGUCUCAUCCUUCUAUCUAAUUGUUUACAUUUUACAACUUAUCAGACAAACAUCACUCUCACUCAUUUCAAGUUUACAAGUUUCAUAUUCCGUUUAGGCGACUUCUGAAAAAGUCAAUGUUUUCAAGAAUCAUAUUUCAGACAAACUCCAUUCUCGCUCCUUUCAAGCUUACAAGCUUCAUAUUCGGUUUAGGUAACUUUUGAAAAAAGCUGGCAUCUUCAAGAAUCAUAUUUCAGACAAACUGCACUCUCGCUACUCAGACUACAACAAAUGGGGACACACCCUACAUUUACUUGGAGAAGAAGGGCAAAUGUAGCACAAAUCCUUCUUGCUGUCAGGGAUAAAAAAGAUAGAGGUUACCUUUUUUAUUUUACUUUUUGCUUCAAGAAUGAAUGAUGUUUUAAUCUAUUCUCGUUUUUGUUUCAAGAAGAAUGUGAUUUUGAACUAUUUUUAUAGGUUCUCUGUUUUUUUGUUCAAGAAUGAAUGGGGUUUGAAGUGUUCUAUUGGUUUUCUUUGUUUCAAGAAGAAUGAGAUUUUGAUAGGUUUUAUAGGUUCUUUGUUCUUUUUGUUCAAGAAUCGAGUUUUAAUGUGUUCUAUAGAAAUUUGUUGCUGCGUAGCAGCCAUUGAGGCAAUGGAAAGUAUGUUAAUGAUCCGCGCCCAGCAGACAGGAAGCCCAUGCCCUUCUCAAUUAUUUGUGGAAUUCCUUGUGUGGUGGGUGACUUUGAAGACUGGAUCAUGCUCAAACUUGGUAAAUGUGUUGGACUACAUCAGAGAAUAUGGUGUCGUAUCCAACGCGGACUACAACCGUUGGGGCAUUGGCUCACAUUGGGUAUGUCAUAAAAAAACUAUCUUUGUAUAAUAUUCGAUAAUGUGGUGGUCAAUUGUUUGGAUACAUUCACAAAACGUAAUUACCUUUGUAUGUAUCUAGAACACCUAAGAAAAUACCAAGGAAAGAAAUAAGUUAAUACUUAUUUGUAUUAGUUUUCUCUUUUCAAAUGAAUUUUUAAAUAUAAUUGCGCAGUUAAACAGUGCAGUAUAUUUCAGAAAAUCAUUAGACUGUCUUCCCAGUUUUAUUCUUAAUGAAGAAGAUACUCAAAAUAUUUCAUCAAAAAAUCCCACAAAGAACCGCCCCAAAUGCCGAUAGCCGGACAAAAUCUCCUUUAUAAGGGGUUAAUAUGAAUUCGACCCUCCGGACUGCUUUUGGGUAUGAUAUUGAACAGAAACUAUGCCCGAGACUCCUCACAAAAGAAAAUGUCAAACCGGUGUUGUCGUGGUUGCUCCUAGUCGACUUGGUUCCGGAAGCUUAAUGGUUUCUGAGGUUGCAAGGGCACGUUGGAUUGGGUUAUGUUCAACCUAAACCUAUAAAGAUUUUCAUAAAUAGAGCUGCAAUACAUCAUAUUAGUGCCGAUGAAGAAGAUGAAGUGACUUCCAAACUAAAGUGCUCUGUCUUUGAUCGGAUUGAGAGGGCAAGAUCAAGGCCCACCGUCUUUGAUAGAUUGGGUCUGAAGCCAAAGAAAGUUAUGAAGAAGACUUUACAAGAAUGGCUUAGAACGAGCCCAAUGAUGAUGAAGUAUGCUGAAGACCCAUGCAUGGGACAAAACUUCAAAAGAAUGUCUGUACAUGAAAGAUUGGGAUUGAAACAUGAACGCAAUACAUCUGCUGAAGUUCCUCUCGAAAAGCAAAGUUUUAAUGAGUAUAGAAGUUUUAUCCCAUCUCGUAUGAAACGAGAAACCAGUGUUAAACUAACCUAUGGAAGUGCACUCAAAGUCAAGCCAGUGACCAUUGUGCACACUCGUGGUCGAUAUGAAGACCAAUAUGAAGAUUCAGUACCCUUGAAGUCGGGGUAUAGAUAUGUCAAAUAAAAUGUUGAAAGCCUUAAACCACCAAUUAUGUUAUAAGUGGCUAAACUGCUAAAACAUUUCACUUCGUCUAUGGGUGAGCAUAAUCAUAGAUACUCUUGGCCCACGAAAGUAUAAAAUGUGUACGGCAAGCUCAUGGCCCGCAUGAGUUAAAACUGUGCACGGCACCCCACCCCUUUAAAUUACCUAUUCAAAUGGUAUUAUGAACUACGUUUGACUUGAUCUCCUUCACAGGAGUACGUAGGCACCUCAAAAAUUUCAUUUUUGAGUUCAGUUAUAACAAAAUAAAUCCCAAUUAAGUCACUUUUGUCAAAGAAAAUAUUAGAAGAAGGCUUACGAAAGAAAAAAGUCAGAUGAAUGGCAAAGGCUUGGGAAUUCUUUGAUGUCCUCCUCAUCGGAAGUUGAUUGAGCUAAGCAGCACCGACGAUCGGCAAUCGGCCUAAUUCUUUAAAUCGGUGCCAUCCCAACAAAGGACUAAGCAGCACCGAUGAUCGGAAAUCGGCUUAAUUCUUCAAAUUUGCGUCAUUCCAACAAAGGGUUAAGCGACAACCAGCAAUCAGUCAAACUUCGUCCUCAUCAUCUUCCUCGAUCGAUCUAUUCUGUAGGCAGCUUCUUCGCACGUAAAAAUAAUAAUCAUGAGAUAGCAAUAGCUCAGCAUCUUCCUCGCCAGAUAAUCAGCAUCGAGUUCAGCCGAGAUUUCCCCUCCGACUGGCGAACUCAGCUUCCGAUCAACAGUCCACCGAUUGGAUUCUUCUUGUCAAAACGCCACGGUAGACACCAUCUCCUGUCCGCUGCAAAAAAAAAGAAAAAAAAUCUGGCCAGCGGAAAUCAGUAUCAAAAGCUCGGCUAAGCCUUCUUCUCCGGCAUCACUUCGACCUAUGUUUGAUAGUGGCAGCAACAGUGUUACUUUCCCAGGCUUGGAACGGACCUAUUCUUCUUCUCCCAAGUGAAGUCACCAUCUCGAUAAAGAAGCGCCUUCAUCUGACAGCAACAGAGGAACCCUGCGAACCUUUCAACAACAAUCAACGGCUUCACCUUUACUCACAAGGCCAGGAAGAAAAAAUUUGCAACUCUGCUUCCUUCACAACUCCGGGUGCCUUCAAAUCAUGGAAUGAUGGGCGAGACAUAAACACAGGGGAUGUCAAAUGAGGGUCUCCUGGUCUUCUCACAAGAAUUGGGAGUUCUGUUGGUAGUCGUUUCUGUAAAUUGAUUCCAUAUGUGGCUGAUUUUGUCUCCAGAAAUCUUCCCUGCAAAAUGCCAAGAGAAGAAAGUGAGAAGGAAUUAAUAUAAAAGAGGUUUAGCUCCUGCCGUUCUUUGCUCUGAAUUUGAGAUUGUUGGAGGAGCAAAUUGCUAUUGCCUCCUAUCUAUAUCUAUAUCUAUAUAUUAACCGAGUUAAGUGAAGUUCCCGCUCACGCACAGGGGCAUUCCCGGACUCUGAAGUUAUGUUCUAGCCUGGUAUUUCUUCUUUCUUCGGAUAUGUUCUAUGCCUAACACAGCCGACUCAUUUGAGCGCCUCUCUAUUGGAUCUGGAACAUUAUGCUUUAAUACUAAGCAACAUGCUCUUCUCUCUGUUGUGCCGCACACUUUUUUGGAUUUGUUGAGUUCAGGCGAUCAGCGAUUUCAACUUCUAGCUCGGUUGGCCUUCUCAUUAUUAGUUAGUAUUAUCUCCCAAAUCUCACUCUUUUUAUUUAUUUUUCUUUAAAUUCUUGAUAUUUCGUAUCUACUCACAGUUUAAUCUGAGUUUCCAUACAAUACAUGCUCAAGAGUGUGAAUUGUUUGAUAAUAAAGUUAUCAAUAGAAACAAUUUAAGUGAACUUGCAUAAGCUUGGAACUACUAAACGAUUUCUUGGUGCUCAGAGUUUUAUCAUUAUAUAUUCACACUUUCAUUCUCUAAUCUCACUUCGUUAAAGGCUUAGCAUAGAUAGCAUCAAUUACUUCUGCCUCUUGCUGGAUAGUUCCACUCUAGCAACACACUUCAGCACUUCACCCUACACAAAUUCUACUCACGUGAUUCAACUCAGAACUUAACUAAGGUUUGUAAUUUUAUAUUAUGUGUGUUAUUUUUGGUUGUUUCCUUCAUCGGAGAAUUAAACUAUAAGAUAUCUAAUGGUUGCAGGCUACUUUAAGCCACUCCACUCAUGAUUCUUUUUCUUGUCUCUGCACCUAUUGCAUCUUAGCACUUUGGUAUUGUCAUUUUCAUUAGGUAUAAUUUAUUAAUCAUUCUAACUUUUCUUAUUUAUUGUUGUUAAUCUAAUGAUAUACAGGUAUCCAUGUUUCUGGCAUCUCCCGUUUGCUAAUAGAGGUUAUUUAAUACUCCGUAAUAGGUUUAGAAGAAUGUUACAAAAAAAAUACAAGGAAUCAUGUAUAAUUGAGAACACAACCUCUCAAUUAUGUAAGUAUUAACCGAGAUGAAAUAGAAAAUGGAUUGAGAUUUCUUUUUACUUUUGUUAUACGGUUAGAAGUAUAUUUGUUUUUUUUAGGUAUGUUAUGUGUCAUUUGCCAGUCUUGGUAUGUUUGUUCCUUUUCCCUAUUUCAUAAACUAUAAGUUUUUGUUGAAAAACACUCGACUUUCUGCUAUAAACAUGUGCAUGUAUGAAAAUUCUGUUUGAGGAAUUUUUUAAUUAGCUAAUCUGCGAAGUUAGAGCUCACUUAUCGUGUCCCAUACAAAUAAGGGGAUCCCAAAUCUGUAAAUGCAUGCUUAUUAGGGAUGUUAAGUCUGCCAUGUUCAAAUCUGUGCAUAUGGUGCUUUUAGUAUAAGGGAUGAGUGCUUUCUUUCCUCUCUUUUCAUUUCAAAUCUGCUGACUUUCUUUGCCAUAUGUUUGCUUCAAUCCAGAGUGGUCUCCUUUAAUGACUUCAGGCCUAUUUGCCUACAAUCUUUUAUUAGCAAGGUUAAUACCUGAGUUUUAGCUUUAAGAAUGGCUGCAUUGCUUCCUAAGGUGAUAUCCGAGGAACAAGCUGGUUUUUUAAGGGCCAUGAAGUCAAUGACCAUAUUCUAAUUGCAUAUGAAAUGUUGCACGUGUUGGAUAGAUCAGUGAGAACCUCCAAUGUAGCUAUCAGGCUUGAUAUGCAGAAGGCAUUUGAUAGAGUUCCGGAAGUUUUUGCUAGCUAUUUUGGAUGAUUUUGGCUUCAAGGAGCAGGUUCAAAAACUCAUUCUGAACAAUCUCAAGACAACCUAUAUAUCCAUCCUGAUCCAUGGAAAGCCUUUUGGUUUCUUUUAACCAGGAAGGGCAGUGAAGCAGGGUGAUCCAUUCUCACCACUUUUGUUUAUUCUUAUUUCUAAGGGCUUUUCAGGAGGCUUGAAACACAACAUGAGCCUAGUAAAAAUUCAGCCAUUUAACUAUGGAAGAGGGCUAUGGAUGCAUCUCUAGGUAGCAGAUGCAACAGAACUUCUUUAAGCUUUCUUUAAGGUUUUCUUUAUAUUUGAUUUCUUCAGAUAAUUAGACUCUCCCAUUUAAAAACUUUUCUGAUUUUAUUUAGGACAAAAAACUUAAUUACUUUUCUCUAAAGAGUGUAACUUAUCAUAGGGGUAUGUGAAACUUAUUUAUGACCUAUACUUAUGUAUAAUUGAUAAUAUAUUUUAUGACCUAUACUUAUUUUGAAUUGUAAAGGAAGUUUUGCAUAAUGUUUGAGGUUUAUGAUAAGCAAUUAACACAUGAUUGUGAACUGAUUUUUUUUUUUUGAACUAUUGACUUGAAAUAUUCAUUUGGCCAUGCCCCUUAAGGGUUGAAGGUUUUGAACUUCAAACCAAGUCAUCCAUUCUGUAUAUGGUAAAUUGCCUACAUUCAUGUUAUGUUGGUUUAUAAAAUGAUAGAAUUAGAAUAAGUUGUGAACUAAAUGAUAGACUGACACAUUAAGUAAAGUUGUUUUCUAGAGUACUAAUGUGUUGUUUCUCCAGCAGAAUCUAAGCCAUGAUUAUAUCUGAACUUUAAUGUUAUUCUGGAGUUUGAAAAGUGUUUUAGAUCGCUAGAUUUUUUUUUGUUUUUUGAGCUUAUAAAGCAAGUGAGUUGUUAUACAUUGAGAAAGUGAAUAUUAAAUGUGCAUUCCAAGUUAUUUUUAUACCACUAUGUUUGUUUCGCGGGUUCUUAUACAUUGAGAAUGUUAUUAACCUUGCCUCUACCCAGUCAUCCAUUCUGUAUAUUGUCAAUUGCCUACGUUCAUAUUAUUCCAAGUUUUUUUAUGCAGAUUACUUCCGACACCGAAAAGGAUGCAGUCGAUACUCCAAAUUCAACUUUACAACGUCGAAAAUUAGGAGAAGGAACAUUAACUCCUAAUGACGACGUCUCAACACAAGGAUCAUCUAAUAAGAAAUUGAAGUCGGUGAAAAUUGAAAAGCCAUGACAAUUUUCAGUUUUUCUUUUGAAAACUCUUUGUUUGCUUUUUCUUUUUUUGGAUAAUAUAUGACUUUGCUUUGUACUGAUAUUUUGUUUACCUAUUACACGGUUUGGAUUUAAAUCGUUGAUUAAAUUUUCGUUCAUAAUAAUGUGUGCUUCGAUUACUACAAUCUUUUGGUCAAAAUAU